AUGUCCGCUCCGUCCACCGCUGAAGAUGGCUCAUCAUCAACAAUUCGAGAUCAAGUACAAAAUGACAAAACAAUUGAUAUAACAGAAGAUGCGGCUACAGAGCCUACAGCUUAUUUUGGCAAUCAAAGAAACCUUAACGACGAGGAAAAAAGUAUAGGAAAUGAAGAAUCAGAUCCAACUCAUUUAACACCAAGUAAUAUUAGACAAAAUACAAAUAUGACUGGACUUUCUAGAUAUGAUACAGCGAAUGAUGAAGUUUCAAUUGUUGAAUCAAGCAUUAACUUAUCAAGAAAAGCUUCGAGAAAUACAACAGGAUAUGAUAAAUUGAUUCGUGAGGCAUCAAAUUUAUCUACUUCUUUACCUCCAAUGGGUAAUGGUAGACCGUAUCCGAAACAUUUAGGUUCGAGAGAUCCAUAUGUAGUUCAAUUUGAUGGAGCAGAUGAUGAAACACAUCCUUUUAAUUGGCCAUUACGAACGAAAAUAUUAUAUACGGCAGUGGCAGGAUUUAGUGCGUUUUGUAUCGCAGUGGGUUCAGCGAUGUUUUCUGCAUCAGCACCUUCAUUAAUGGAAAAUUAUCAUAUAGGAUGGCCAGUAGCAGCUUUGACUACUUCACUUUAUGUUUUUGGAUUUGCUGCUGGUCCAGUUAUUUAUGGACCUUUAUCAGAAUUAUUUGGAAGAAAAAUUGUUUUAAUCCCAAGUACAUUAGGUUUUACACUAUUUGCUUUUGCAGUUGCAACGGCGAAAGAUAUUCAAACUAUUAUGAUAUGUAGGUUUUUUGGAGGAUUUAUAGGUGCUGCACCGUUAGUAGUAGCACCUGCAGCUAUGGCGGAUAUGUUUGAUAAUCGAUCAAGAGGUACAGCAAUCACAUUGUUUGCAAUGGUCCUUUUUGGUGGACCAAUGAUUGGUCCUGUUAUGGGUGCAUUUAUUGCAAAAUCAUAUUUAGGAUGGAGAUGGACGUCUUAUAUCAUUGGUAUAAUCGGUGCUGCAAGUUUUAUUUCUAGUUGCUUUUUAUUAGAAGAAACUCAUCAUCCAAUCAUAUUAAAGAAAAGAGCAGAAGAAUUAAGAAGAAGGACAGGUAAUUGGGCUAUAUAUGCACCUCAUGAGGAAAUCAAUUUAAGUAUUAAAGAAAUUGUUGAAAAAAAUAUAACUAGACCAAUGAUUAUGUUAUUUCAAGAACCUAUUUUAUUUUUGAUUAGUUUAUACAAUUCUUUUAUUUAUGGGAUGCUUUAUUUGUUUUUAACUGCUAUUCCAUUAAUUUUUACUACGAAAUAUGAGUGGAUACCAGGUGUAUCUGAAUUACCAUAUAUAUCGAUGUUAAUUGGUACUGCCAUCGGGGGAGUAAUUCUUAUACUUUUUGAAAUAAGAUAUAACAAAAAAACUGUUGAAAAUGGUGGUAAAAUUGUUCCAGAAGAACGUUUGCCACCAAUGAUUAUUGGUGGUUUUGUUUUCGUCAUUGGUAUGUUCUGGGUUGGUUGGACGGGUAAUUAUAAAACCAAUUAUUGGGCUCCUGUUAUUGGUGUUUCAUUUAUUGGAGCAGGAUUGAUGUUGAUUUUCCUCCCUUGUUUCAACUAUAUUAUUGAUUGCUACUUGUUAUAUGCUGCUUCAGCCUUGGCAGCUAACACUUUCAUGAGGUCGGCAAUGGCCAGUGCAUUUCCUUUAUUUUCGAGACAAAUGUUUGUAAACUUGGGUAUUCAAUGGGCAUCAACUUUACUUGGUUGUCUUGGUGCAAUCAUGAUUCCUGUACCGUUCUUAUUUUAUAUUUAUGGGAAAAGAGUUAGACAAAAAUCUAAAUUUGCUUUUGAUUUAUCAUAA